AUGAAUCAUCUGUUACUACAAACGUUGAAUAAGGACGUUUCCUCACCACUUGCGAAACACCAAACAAUGAUGCCUAUUCAACAACAAGGCAGAUCUAACGUUGGUCCAAACUCUAAUAUGGCUUUUCUGAUAGCAGAUCCAGUGGUUAGGGACGCUAGAAUCAGGCUAGAUAGUAAAAAAUUAUUCUUUGACGACCUUAUGUUUUAUCCUGAGAACAAACCUGCUUGGUCAGUGAUUGUAAACAACAAUAGUACGAGUGGUUAUGCCCCUGCUGUCAUGCAUUCAUACGGACUCACUACCUAUAAUCAAAGAGUAUCUCAGCACACUAAUCUCUCUGUAGGAAUGGGCCUCAGUGACACAAAUUCAAAUGCGAUGACAGGACCGGCUCCUUUACAUAACCUUCACUCACGUACAGGACAGACCUAUGGGAACAUCGAGCAGUAUAAGCAAAGUCGGACGGAUGUUAACCCAUACUUAGUAUCAGGCAAUGCCCAUCAAUCAUAUGUCGUUAAUGAUAAUACCAAUCCGCAAAAUUAUUAUACAAGAGGAUCUAAAGGUCAAGGUAACAACAACAAUAAUAACGUUUUCAAUGCAGGAAACACUAAUAAGUGGUGA